GCCCAGCGUCUGCUUCGCCCUCGCGCUCGUCCACCUCGCCGGAGACUCACGCCGCCUCCUCCCAUGCCGCCGCCGGCGAGGAGCCCGGCCUGGGGCCCACGGCGGCGCACCCUCCUCCUCCCUUUCCUCCUGCUGCCACUGCUUCUGUUCCUCCUCCACCUGGCGUCCUCGCCCUCGCCUCGGCCCCUCCCCGCGCCACGCAAGCCCUCCCAGGCCUGCGACUACUCCGCCGGCGAGUGGGUGCGCGACGCCUCCGCGGGGCCCGCGCUCCGCUACGAACACACCUGCAAGGAGAUCUUCAAGGGCUGGAACUGCAUCGCCAACGGCAAGGCCAACGGCCGCGACAUGCUCCGGUGGCGGUGGAGGCCCUCUGGGCCCGGGUGCGAGCUGCCCCGGCUCGACCCGCGCCGGUUCCUGGAGCGCCACCGGGACACCAAAAUUGGAUUUGUGGGCGAUUCGUUGAAUCGCAACAUGUUUGUCUCAUUAGUCUGCAUGCUCAGGGGAGUUAGUGGUGAGGUUCGCAAGUGGCGUCCUGCAGGGGCAGACCGCGGUUUCACCUUCCUCCACUAUAACCUCACCGUGGCAUACCACAGGACAAAUCUUUUGGUACGCUAUGGUAGGUGGUCAGCCAGUCCGAAUGGAGGCCCUCUAGAAUCUCUUGGAUACAAACAAGGUUACCAAGUUGAUGUUGAUGUUCCUGAACAAACUUGGGUAGAGGCAUGUAGCUUCCAUGAUGUUCUUGUUUUCAACACUGGGCAUUGGUGGUGGGCACCCUUGAAGUUCAAUCCAAUACAGUCACCAAUGCUGUUCUUUGAGAAAGGGAAGCCGAUUGUACCUCCUUUACUGCCAUCUGCUGGAUUGGAUUUGGCUCUUCAACACAUGAUAAUGUUCGUGAACAAAGCAGUGAGACCAAAUACGUUCAAAUUCUUCCGCACUCAAUCUCCUAGACAUUUUGAAGGUGGUGACUGGAAUGAAGGUGGAUCUUGUCAACGUAGCCAGCCCUUGUCCUCAGAACAGGUGGAAGAAUUUUUCUCUUUGGACAAUAACGGCACGAAUAUAGAAGCGCGCUUGGUAAACAAACACUUGAUGAAGGCUCUUGAACAAUCUACUUUCAGAGUUUUGGACAUCACUCGCAUGAGUGAAUUCAGAGCUGACGCUCAUCCUUCAACAACUGGCGGGAAAAAGCAUGACGAUUGCAUGCAUUGGUGUCUCCCUGGAUUAACUGAUACAUGGAACGACUUGCUAGCACUAAACCUUGAGUCAUUUGAGAGCUAGUCCAAGAGAAGUUGAGAUGUUGCUGUAGAAAUAGAGAAGUUCUUCCUGAUGUUUUCCCCCUGGGGCAUGAAUUGGAACCAUUCGUCUGUACAAUAGAGUUUACGUAGUAUACCGAGUUGGUCUUCCUGCAGCUUGUUUACAUAGGGAAGAGUAUUCUUUCCACUGAUAUCCUUGAUCCUGUAAAUUUAACCUAAUCGAAGAGUAUAUAAAUGCUAGAAUAGGUUAAAUUUAUUCUGUUUGUUGUAA